AUGGAGUACGAGACAUUUUUAAAAUGCUUAGAUGAAAUAAGGUGUGUGAACAAUGUGAAAUAUAUGGAGACCGAAGAUUUAACAGACUUUAAUAAAAAAUCGGCAUAUUAUAUUUGUAAAGAAAUAUAUGAGAAACAAUUAAGUAAUGAAAAUGGGUAUGUAGUUAUAGGUUUAUCAGGUGGAAAAACACCUAUAGAUGUUUAUAAAAAUAUGUGUGCAAUAAAAGAUAUAAAAAUUGAUAAAAAUAAGUUAAUUUUUUUUAUAAUUGAUGAAAGGUAUAAAAAUGAUGAUCAUAAAUUCAGUAAUUAUAAUAAUAUAAAAUUUUUAUUUGAUGAAUUAAAUAUUAAUAAAGAAACCCAAUUAUAUAAGCCCGAUACAAAAAAAGAUCUUGUUAGUUGUAUAAGAGAUUAUAAUGAACAAAUUAAAAGCAUGCUAGAAAAAUAUAAAAAAAUAGAUAUUGCAAUAUUAGGUAUGGGGAGUGAUUUCCAUAUAGCUAGUUUAUUUCCAAAUGUGUAUUAUAAUAUAUACAUGAAUAAUUAUCAAAAUAAUUAUAUAUAUGAAGACAAUGAAACAAUAAGGUCAUUAAAUGCCGACAAUAAUGUUAAUUUAAGUUUACUAAAUGAGCAUGUAUAUUUUACAACAACAAAUAAUUUUGAUGUGAGAAAAAGAAUUACAGUAUCACUUAACCUAUUGUCAAAUUCAACAAGUAAAAUAUUUUUAUUAAAUACAGCAGAUAAAUUAAAUUUAUGGAAAAAUAUGCUCUUAAAUUUUUAUGUUAAUCCUAACUAUAAUUUAUAUCCAGCAUUUAAGGUGAUCGACUCUAGAAAUACAACAGUCAUAGCAUGUGGUCAUAAAAAUUAUUCAAAAAUGUUAGAAGAUUUAUAUGUUCAAAAAGAUUGUGCACUUUCUCCGGUCAGCAAUAAUAAUGUAGAGAAUAAAAAUGAGUUACUAACAAUAGUUAUAUUUGGUUGCUCUGGUGAUUUAGCAAAAAAAAAAAUAUACCCAGCCUUGUUUAAAUUAUUUUGUAAUAAUUUAUUACCAAAAAAUAUAAUAAUAAUCGGUUUUGCAAGAACAGAACAAGAUUUUGAAUCAUUUUUUAACAAAAUAUCUAUAUAUUUAAAAAUAUCUUUAAACAGUUAUAAAAAUUUAUCAGUUUUUGAAAAAGCCGAACGCUUAAAUUCUUUUAAAAGCAAAUGUAGAUAUUUUAUUGGAAACUAUUUAUCUACGGAAAGUUUUGAAAAUUUUGAUGUAUAUAUAACUCAGGAAGAGAGGAUAGCAUUAGGCUGUUUUGGUCAGAAAGGUAAUGAAAAACAUAAACAAGUUAAUUCCACUUCACAAUUCCCUAAUAAUCAUACUAACACAAAUGUUACCAACAAUAUAGAUAACGGAUGUGAGCCACCAAUGCCUAAUGAUUCUCCCAAAAGAUGCCCCUACAGUUCAAGUUAUUCCAAUACAUCUGGUAACGCUACAUGUCCUCACAGUUCACACCAUUCUGUUAAGCCUAGUAAUACUGGAUGCCCAUACCUUUCGAGCCAAGCUAAUACAUCUGAUAAUUCUGGCUGUCCAUACAUUUCACACCAUAUUAAUAAAUCUGGUAAUUCGGGUUGUCCUUAUACUAUCACUAGAAUGCUUUACUUAGCCUUACCACCCCAUAUCUUUGUAAGUACAUUACAAAAUUAUAAAAAGUAUUGCUUAAAUAAAAACAGAAUCACCAAGAUAUUACUUGAAAAGCCAUUUGGAAAAGAUUUGGAAUCAUUUAAAAUAUUAUCGAAACAAAUAUUAGAAGCUUUUCCUGAAAAAAACAUAUAUAGAAUUGAUCAUUAUUUAGGAAAAGAUAUGGUUUCAGGAUUAUUAAAACUAAAAUUUACAAAUACAUUUUUGUUAUCUUUAAUGAACAGACAUUUUAUAAAAUGCAUAAAAAUAACAUUAAAAGAAACAAAGGGAGUAUAUGGAAGAGGACAGUAUUUCGAUCCAUAUGGAAUUAUAAGAGAUGUUAUGCAAAAUCACAUGCUACAAUUACUGACAUUAAUAACUAUGGAACAUCCAACUGAUUUAGAUGAUAAAUCCAUACAAAAUGAAAAAAUAAAAAUAUUAAAAUCUAUAGCUUCAAUAAAAUUAGAAGACACCGUUAUAGGACAAUAUAUUAAAUCAAAUAAUGAUGAUACAAAUAAUAAUAAUUCAAAUAUUUCUGAAAAUGCCAAUAUAGAUAAAUCUAAAAUAAAUCAUAGUUAUCAUGAUGAUCCACAUGUAGAUCCAAAUUCAAUAACCCCUACAUUUUGUACAUGUGUUUUAUAUAUUAAUUCAAUAAAUUGGCAUGGUGUCCCAAUAAUACUUAAAGCAGGAAAGGGACUAAAUAAUGAUAUAUGUGAAAUUAAAAUUCAAUUUCAUAAUAUUAUGGGCUCAUCUGACGAAAGUAUGUAUAAUAAUGAAUUUGUAAUUAUUUUACAACCUGUAGAAGGAAUAUAUCUAAAACUUAUGAUAAAAAAAAUGGGUUCUGAAGAAAUGGAAGAAGUACAAUUGAAUUUAAGCCUUAAUGAAAAUAAUAAUAAAGCAUAUGUUCCAGAAGCUUAUGAAACUUUAUUAUCAGAAUGCUAUAAAGGAUAUAAGAGAAAAUUUAUCUCAGAUGAAGAAUUAUAUGAAUCUUGGAGAAUAUUCACCCCUCUAUUAAAUGAGUUACAAGAAAAGCAUGUCAAGCCUCUAUCUUACCCAUUUGGGUCAUCAGGGCCCCAAGAAGCUUAUGACCUUGUAAGAAAAUAUUACAAUUAUGGAAAAAACUAUGACACAACUGCUAAAUUUUGCAGAAAAUCUUCCUACUAUGAUGAUAGCUUGUUUGAUAAUAUGAGAGAAUAA